CCCAAGCCCCCAACUGCUUUGUGGUGGGGGAGCAGCCAGGCACGCAGGCCUGGGGAAGGGAUGGAUCCGUGGGGAUAUCGGUACUAAGAUAUAUACACGCUCAACGCAAGAAAUCAAAGCCUCAAGUUCUGCGAGAGGUGCCGUUGGCAGGAACGGUUACACAAUGCCGAGCUGUGCGUGGAACGGCGUUAUUCUGCUCAGCCAUCAACACGGAGCGGUACCGGGAGGGGGGCAGCGGCUCAGCCGCCCGGCCCUGGGGGACGCUGCGCGCACCACAGCCCCGUUGUGCCCCGUUCCAGCACAGGGCAUGGAGCAGCAGAGCCGUAUGGUGGGAUGGAACCCGCAUAGUUCCUUGGCAUAGCAUUUCUUGGGAUUGGAUUGUGGGCAUGGAAUGAAAAGGGGGUGCUGUCCAACAUCUCUUCCAUCACUGACCUGGGUGGCUUUGAUCCAGUUUGGCUCUUCCUAGUAGUAGGAGGAGUUAUGUUCAUUUUGGGAUUUGCAGGAUGCAUUGGAGCUUUGCGAGAAAAUACCUUUCUUCUCAAAUUUUUUUCUGUGUUUCUUGGAAUUAUUUUCUUCUUGGAACUCACUGCUGGUGUUCUAGCAUUUGUUUUCAAAGACUGGAUCAAGGACCAGCUGUAUUUCUUCAUAAACAACAACAUCAGAGCAUACCGAGAUGACAUUGAUUUGCAAAACCUCAUAGACUUUACGCAGGAAUAUUGGCAGUGCUGCGGGGCUUUUGGAGCUGAUGACUGGAACCUUAAUAUUUACUUCAAUUGCACAGAUUCCAAUGCAAGUCGAGAGCGCUGUGGUGUGCCAUUCUCUUGCUGCACUAAAGACCCUGCCGAAGAUGUUAUUAAUACUCAGUGUGGCUAUGAUGCAAGGCAAAAACCAGAAGUUGAUCAGCAGAUUGUUAUCUACACUAAAGGCUGUGUCCCUCAAUUUGAGAAAUGGUUGCAGGACAAUCUUACCAUAGUUGCUGGUAUAUUCAUUGGGAUAGCAUUACUGCAGAUAUUUGGGAUUUGCUUAGCCCAGAAUUUGGUUAGUGACAUUGAGGCUGUCAGAGCCAGCUGGUAAAACUGCUGAAGUAACCACAACAAGACACUGGACAACCGAAACCCUCUGAAACCUCCAGUGUGUCUCUCCGACACCAAGCUGUAUGGACAUGGGUGACAGGGAAGCCUUCUCUCCCACAUAGUCUCAAGUUUAAGUUCCUGAUUGCAGUGAAUUCAUAUUCCUUUGGGGUGGGGGUGAGAAGAGCGAGCUCUUUAAAAUCUGCUGCUCACUGACAAUUUUUUUUCUUUUCUUUUUUUUUUUGCUUUAAACCACCAGUUUGAAAGCUGUUGAGCCGUGAAUCUCUACUGUAUUUUUGAUCCUGAGUAACAAGUGGACACUUUUUAAAAAUUGGUGUAUUCAGUGGGACAGAGUUGCAUCAUUGUUAUCUGUGGAUAUACUGUUUAUUCUUCAUGUUAUGAGCUCUUAGAGCUGCCAAGUAUUCCUGAGAUGGUCACUCACCUCACCACUCUAAAGGAAUAGUCUUCUUUUUUUCACAGAUAAACGUAGCUACAGGCUUUCUAUGCAUCUAUGUACAGUAAAUGAAACUGUUUUUAAAACAAGGGAAAGUUACUUUUUUGUUUUGUUUUGUUUUUGUUUGUUUUUGUUUUUGUUUUUACAAAAAGUUCCAGCCAUCUCCCUGUAGUACUUUCAAGUUGGAAUGAGCAAGCUCACAGGGAGAACUGCCUAAUUUUAUCGACAUCUUUCUUCCUUUCUCUACCCUUGUAUGAAGGGGAAGGAGUUUUAUAUUUGUCAAACAAGGGUUGUAAAGCUGUUAGUUGCUGCCAUACCUUAGGAUAUCAUCCUCUUAAGGCAAGAAUGAGAUAUAACUGUAUAAAUGUAUGAAAGCAGUGUGGAUAUUGGGUCCAAGUGAAUAUUAUUAUUCAAAGAAUGAAUUAUAUAUUAACUUAAAAAAAAUGAAAGCAUUUGAUAUGGCUAAAUCUUUUGUUUCUCUGGAAUUUAGUGUAACCUAAUAUAUUUAGGGAUCUCACUAAUAUUAUGCUUUGAUAUACUUGUACAAAACUUCUUUUAAGAUAAUUUCUAGGUCUGUUCCUAUCUGAGGCUUUGGUCUUUUAAUUUUUUUUCCCUUCAAUUCUUUUCACUUGCAUGAGCUGUGGAGUAAGAAUCUGUGACACUCCAGUGCUUUAAAUCUGUGCAUAUGUUUUAAUACAGUCUAAUUCAAACUUAUUUAUUGGUAAAUGCAUGUGAUUAUGGGAAGAUCAUAUUCCAUUCCGUUGGAACUUGGAGAAAACAGCUUUUACCAGAAUAAAUGCUUACUUUCAAUGGACAAAUCCUUGCUAUGAAGAUGAGUCUCCCUUUGUUGCAUAAAAUGCAACAACAACAACAAAAAAUCUUGAAGCAAUGAAAUAAAAGUUCUAAAAUAGAAAUGUGUAUUAGGAUCAGCCAAGACGCAUACUCUUGAAAUGGACAAAAUUUGAAAUCAAGCUCAAAUAGUGGAAGAAGAAUUAGAUCAGACUCCAUCCACCUUAAAGUUUGAUUUGUUGUUCUUCAAAAAUAAUAAUGAAUUUACAAACCUGACCAUGACUUGGAUAGUUCCUUUGCACUUUGUACAAAUUACGCUUCUUUUAUGACCUUCUCCAGUAUCUGCAGAAUAAGCCCUGAAAGCUAUGAGCUCUUUGCUCCUGCUUUGGUAAAAAGUUGUGUAGCACCUCUUUGAAAGAGAUGAUUUUUCAGAGGAGUACAUGGAGUAGAAGAAGUUAAUGUGGUGUUUCCUGUGUCCCUGCUGUGGUGGAUGGAUAGGAAGCUGCUCUGGUGGCCUGUUAAGGUCUUUACUGGCUCCAUGACUCUUUUACAUGUGAUUAUACGUACCCUUGCAUAUUUUGUCUUUCUGUACUUUAGUCAGCUGUGUUUCUGCCCCCUCCAAAAACUGGCAUUGGGCACACUGAUGAUCCACAGAUGCUACAGAAAGUCCUUUGGUCCUUCUGUCUUUCAGUAUUACCUCAUUCUCUUCUGGUUAACUCCCACUGUCUCUAAAUCAGGCAGCCUCCAUAUCCUUUGGUAUCUGCUGUUAAAGGCCAGCCAUGACUCAAAGUUUUUUUGUUUUUUUUUAAAAGCCUUUGCAAGCAAUUAUAAUUCACUGUCCUUAAUAAAGUUGGUUCCACCUGACCACAGUGUUAUGUUUUUCUUAGUCACUCCUCAUCUUGAGGAGUUACUGGUGUUUGUUUCCCACAAAGGGACACACCAUUUUGCCUGAUAGCAGCAGGACAGAUAGAUCACCAGCACCUAUGAUGCUGCACUCAUGAAAUGGUAAGGGGAGAAAUCAAGGAAGUCUGGUUCAGGAAAUAACUCCUUCAUUCAAGAGCCUUGAUGUGACCCAGCACUUUGCCUUGGAGAAAAAAGUCUGUGUAUUACAGAAACAUUCCUUAUUGCCACUGAUCUUGAAUGCUACUUUUGCUGCUGUGGGCUUCUGAAGACAACUUCCAUUCCUCUACUUGAAUUUCUGCAGUUUUUCUGUAUUGGCCUUCUGCCUUGUUGUGCUGCUCUCUGAGCUCCGGUCUACUGAAUGUGCACUGGCAGUGUCAGACUGAUAGGAAGGUAAAUGAUCUGAGGUGAGCAAGCCUUUUUCUCAGUAUUUGCAGAUGUAUUCACAAAUGUGCAACAUAUCUUGUGAGUGCCAGAGUGACUUUUCUUAUAAAAACCACUAAAUUUAUUUUUCCAGGCCUUGUAUUUUUUGCUGCAGAUGCUAGUUCCAUCCCUGCCCCUCAACUCCCUAUAACUUUUCUCGUUUUUGCAGUUAUUUGAUGGAUGAACACUGAGGAUUACCUGCCUGUAUUGCACAUUUAAAUCCCACAUUUCUGUCUACAGAUUGGAUUAGAUGUCCUAGAAAUGCCCCAGCUAUUGGCAGCUUAGGGGUGUCCAGUUUGGCUUGUGGGAAGCCUUGGAGGUCAAUCUGUUACGGUCAAAGCCUGCCAAAAUCAAUCAAGCUUUCUUCCAGAAAACCUUACAGAAACUUCAGGUGAGCACAACUAGAGCACAACUGCCAGUUACAUGGGCUCAUUUUCCAAAGCAAUAAGAUACGGUAGGCAGUACAACCUUUUGGCAAUCUCUAGCUUGCCUGAUGGGCUGGUGGAUGAGUUCAGAGGUCAAUGUAACUUUCCUUAAUCUGCAGUGGUUGCUCAGAAAUUUGUUGUCACGCCUGUGGCCCUUUGUGAAGCAUGAGACUGCUGUCUGCUGCACACUUCCUAUGUGGUGGGAAUGUUGCUGCUUAGAGGUCUGGUUGUGCUUCGGUGAAAGCCCUGAUUUUAAAGCCAUUUCUGAAUUCUCCACUGAGCCCUAGCAAAGGGUACCACAAUUCUUGCUCCUCCGCUCUCUAAGUUCUCUCUCUCCAUAUUCACAAGCCUUUUUUAAUGUGUGGUUUUUUGUUGUUUUUUUUUUUUUUUUAAUACCUAAUGAACAAAUGUUUGGUUUGCCUGUGUGUUUGUUUUGGUAGAGAGUAGGUAUCUUUGUUUUAAAAUCCAUACUUUUGAUUGUAUUCCUUAGAGUUUGAAGCAGUGGAGACGUUGUUCAAGUGAGCUCUGUCCUGAAAACUCUCUCUCCCCUUGAGAGAGAUGCUAAUUGUGGUUCUGGUGUGUAAAUAGUGUUUGAAAUGUAAAUAGUAGCAUGCAGAUUAAAUGAUUCUUGCACAUGAUUGCUUUUCACUCUCGAAGUGUUUAUAUUGACAAGCAAGAUACCCACCGUGCAACUUUGCUGGCCGAACCUGAGCGCAGCAAGUGGCCAUUUUUGCUUUACCUCGCCCUGCCGGUGAGGCAGAAGCUCUUUAGUCGCCUGCCACCUAGUGUCUUCGGGCCCAAUUGCAUCAAGAGCUCGGAGAAGGGAAAGCUGUUAGUAACAGGACCUCCCUUGCAUUUUUCCUUUGCUACUUGGUAUUAGAAUAAUGUUAGAUUGUAAACUGGAGUAUCAGAGUCAGCGGCCUCUACCUGUUUUGGGAGGUAAAUAUCACUUGCGGCAGGACUAAGCAUGGUGCUAUUUGAAUUGCUGUGAUCCUGGAUGUUAAUCUGCAUUUUUACUUCAUUAGAGAUGCCCUUGGCAAAAUUGAUUCUGAUGAACAAUGUUGGCCACAAGAGAAACUCUCAUGUGUAUUCUUAAUUCCAUUUUCUUUCUUGUCGUAUAUGUGCCAUUUGGGUGGAUUGUAGUGGUUGUUCUGCAAAUGAUUAGGGGAGAGUUUAGAUCUCAACAGGUGUCAAGAACUGGUCAAGGUUCCAGUUUCUCUCUUCCAUUUUUGUUUUUUCUCUGAAGCUUUUUGGGGUGUCUGUAUUUGAUAGCAAAACUGUAUAAUGCAAACAAAACAUUCUACUUUGUUAGAUCUGCUACGUACCAAACUUUGCCACUUGAAGAAAAGAAAAAUCUUCUUCCCCUAAUGUGCAGCAACAUUGUGACUGCUAGUGUGCACCAUGCGUGAGUUCAGCCAUGCCACACUCCUAGCUGUCUGUCGUGUUUCAGCAAUACAAAGUUGUUGAUGAGAAGCUCCGUCUGUAUGUGUGUUCAUGUUCAUGCUAUGUACUCAGUAGAGAUGGACCUGAUGCUGCCUUGGUCUCUGGUGAGGAUGGGAUUUGGUCUUUGUGGCUCAGAUCCAUCUCUGAUAAGUGUGUUUCAGAUCAGGUCGAACUGAAUCUCUGCGCUUGGUUCAUCUGAUGGCACAAGGAAAGUGUUGAUAUUUACCCUUUAUGUAUCAUUCCUUUUUAUACGAAUGUAUUCUCUUGUGUUCCUUUUUUUAUCAGAUGUAAAAUUGAUUGUAAAAGCCAACUACACUUACUGAUUGAAAGUAUUGGUAUAACAGAACUGCAUGCCCAGUAGAGUUUGACUUGAGCUUUAGUAAUCUGAUUUCAGACUGGUUAUCUUCGGUCUAGGAGAAAAGCAUAGAUCAGGUGCAUAUGUAUUACUUGUCAUCUUUAGCAUUAGACUGUGGUAUUGUAUCACAUGCUGAUCUCAAUGGAUGUAACUGGAGUAUACUUAGGAAGUUAAUGCAACUUCCUGGUAAUUCAUUUUAAGCUAUUGAAAGUGGUCUUGGUCAUGCUACUUGUGUUCUUGGCUUUUUGUUUUUUAAUAGAUGCAUUUUUUAGGUAUGUUUUAAUACAUUUAUGAUGGACAACACAAUAGUUUUAAUAGUUGUGCAGUACUCUGUAUUUACUUGAAGUAAAUCAUUUUAUAUGCAAUUUGUUAGAUAAUUACAAUUUUAUAAAUAAAAUUGCGUGAAAUA